GAACUGUUGGGAGUAGACACCCAUUUAAAGAAUAAAUGAAGAGGAGACAGUAAAGAAAUUUCAAUCUCUGCCUUAGACAAAAUAAAAAAAAAAAAAGAACAGUGCUUUGAAAGUGUUUCCAGAGUACUUUUUCUGAUUUUUCUGACAAAACUUACUCUGUAGUUUGUUUCCUCAGUUAUUAAAGGACUUCUGAAUUCAGAAAAUUGAGGCUACAUGCAUAGGAAACAGAAAAGCGUGUGUCAACAAACUCAAGCCCUUCUGUACAAAAAUCUUCUUAAGAAAUGGAGGAAGAAAAGAGACAGCUUAUUGGAAUGGGGGCUCCCAAUGCUUCUAGGACUAUAUAUGAGCUUAUUUGCAUAUUUUAAAGAAAGUACCCAGUUUCCUGAAAAGCCUCCUGAGGAGCUGGGAAGGAUAGAUAAAUUUAAUGACACUUACACACUUGUGUAUAUGCCAGUCUCCAAUAGAACCGAGCAGAUAAUGAAUAAAACGGCCUCUAUAUUUAAAGGAGCUACAAUCAUUGGGGUAUCGAAUCAAAGUUCUAUGGAUAAAAUACUUCUAGACAAUAUCCUAGACGGAGCGGGAAUCAUCUUUAGUGAUACUUUAUUUUAUAAGUUGAAAUUUUUUCAGGGACAUGGCAUUCCAUUUUUGAAGGAAGACCAUUUCUCAGCUCAUUGCUGGAAGUCGAGUCACCACUCAACAUGUACCUUGGCCAAAUACUUGUAUACGGGAUUUGUGGCUUUACAAACUGCAAUUAAUGCUGCUAUUAUAGAAAUCAUGACAAAUCACUCUGUGAUGGAAGAGUUGAUGUCAGUUACUGUUACAAAUAUGAAGACAUUACCUUUUAUUGCUAAAGACGUCCUUCAAAAUGAGAUGUUUAUUUUCUACUGCUUGCUUUACUUCUCCUCAUUUACAUAUUUUGCAUCACUCAGUGUUACAAAAGAGAGAAAAAAGAGUAAGGAUUUGAUGACAAUGAUGGGUCUCCAAGAUUCAGCAUUCUGGUUCUCCUGGAGUUUAAUCUAUGCUGGCUUCAUCUUCAUUAUUUCCAUAAUCAUUGCCAUUAUCAUAACUUCUACCAAAAUUAUAGUCAUGACAGGCUUCAUGGUCAUAUUUACACUCUUUUUCUUAUAUGGCUUAUCCUUGAUCGCUCUAGCCUUCCUGAUAAGUGUGCUCCUCAACAAAACCGUCCUCACAAGUCUGGUUGUGUUUUUCUUCACUCUCUUUUGGGGCAGUGUGGGACUCUCUGUGCUUUAUAAACAUCUUCCUUCAUCUUUGGAGUGGAUUUUGAGUAUUUUUAGCCCUUUUGCCUUCACUACUGGAAUGACCCAGAUUAUCAACCUGGAUUAUAGUAUGAAUGGUGUAACUUUUCCUGACCCAUCAGGAGACUCAUAUUUAAUGAUAGCAACUUUUUUCAUAUUGGCUUUUGAUGCCUUUUUGUACUUUGUAUUGGCAUUAUACUUUGACAAAAUCUUCCCAUAUGGAAGUGACCACCGUUAUUCUCCAUUAUUUUUCCUGAGCUCAUCCUCUUGCUUCCAAUACCAAAGGACUGAUAACAUCAUUGAGAAAGAAAUUGAUCCCGAGUAUCCCUCUGAUGAUUAUUUUGAACCAAUAGCUCCAGAAUUCCAUGGAAAAGAGGCCAUCAGAAUCAUAAAUGUCAGAAAAGAAUAUAAAGAAAAGUCUGGAAAAGUGGAAGUAUUGAAAGACUUGCUCUUUGAUGUAUAUGAAGGUCAAAUCACAGCAAUUCUGGGUCACAGUGGAGCUGGCAAGUCUUCAUUACUAAACAUCCUUAAUGGGUUGUCUGUUCCAACAGAAGGAUCAGUUACCAUCUACAACAAAAAUCUCUCUGAAAUGCAAGACUUGGAGGAAAUCAGAAAGAUAAUUGGCUUUUGUCCUCAAUUCAAUGUUCACUUUGACAUACUUACUGUGAAGGAAAACCUCAGGCUGUUUGCCAAGAUUAAAGGGAUUCACCCACAGGAAGUGGAUCAAGAGGUACAAAGAAUUUUAUCGGAGCUGAACAUGCAAAACAUUCAGGAUCACCCUGCUGAACAUUUAAGUGAAGGACAGAAAAGAAAGCUGACCUUCGGAAUUGCCAUUUUAGGAGAUCCUCAAGUUUUGCUAUUAGAUGAACCAACAGCUGGCUUGGAUCCCUUUGCAAGGUAUCGAGUUUGGAGCUUCCUCAAGGAACGCAAAGCAGGCCGUGUGAUCCUCCUGAGUACCAACCUCGUAGAUGAGGCUGACAUCCUGGCUGAUAGAAAAGUAAUCAUGUCCAAUGGGAGACUGAAGUGUGCAGGCUCUUCUAUCUUUUUGAAGAAAAGAUGGGGUCUUGGAUAUCACUUAAGUUUGUACAGAAAUGAAAUAUGUGAUCCAGAAAAAAUAACAUCCAUCAUUAAUCAUCACAUCCCUGGUGCUAAAUUAAAAACAGAAAGCAAAGAGAAUCUUGUGUAUACUUUGCCUAUGGAAAGGGCAAAUAAAUUUCCAGACCUUUUCAGUGAUCUUGAUGAGGGUUCUGGCCAAGGUGUGAUGAGUUAUGAUAUUUCCAUAUCAACUCUGAAUGAAGUCUUCAUGAAAGUGGAAGAAAUAUCAACUACUGAACAAGAGAUGAGCAGAGACGCAGAAAGCCUAUAUGAAAUGGAGCCGACUUACUCUUCUCGCCCUGAAAUUCAGAAGACUGUGGGUGACAUGGAACUCUGGAGAAGGCAGGUCUGUGCAAUGGCGCGGCUCCGUUUCUUGAAGUUAAAACAUGAAAGGAAAGGACUUUUGACUCUGCUAUUGGUACUUGGAAUUUCACUGUACCCUAUGCUUGUGGAAGUGAUAUUUGAAGGUGUAUUAGUUCACAAGAAUGAUUGGGAAUUUAAACCUGAAUUGUAUUUCCUCUCUCCUGGACAACUCCCCCAAGAUCCUCUUACCAGCCUAUUGAUCAUCAAUAACACAGAAUCAAACAUCGAAGAUUUUAUUCAGUCACUGAAGCAUCAGAAUAUACUUUUGGAAAUUGAUGACUUUAAGAACAGGAAUAGCACUGAGGAGUUGUCGUACAAUGGAGCUAUUGUAGUUUCUGGUAAACAAAAGGAUUAUAGAUUUUCAGCUUUAUGCAAUACCAAGAGACGUCACUGUUUUCCUAUUCUUAUGAGUAUUAUCAGCAACGGGCUGCUUCGCAUGUUUAACCAUACGCAACAGAUUCGAACUGCCAGAGGCCCAUAUCCCUUUAGUUUCGUAGUGACCUACACUGGGCUGCCAGAAGCCUCCUUCUUCUUAUUUUCCUUCGUGAGCUGUAUCUCCCCUUACUUGGCCAUGAGCAGCGUCGGCGAUUACAAAAAGAGAGCUAAGGCCCAGCUUUGGGUUUCAGGCCUCUAUCCUUCUGCCUACUGGUGUGGACAGGCCCUGGUGGAUACCAGCAUCUUCGUUUUUAUUCUUCUUGUAAUGUAUGUAAUUUUUUACACAACAUACCUAGCACAAGUUUUUUUUGACACUCGAAUUGUGUUCGGUUUGGUUACAAUUACAUUUGGUUAUGCGGCUUCUCUCAUCUUGUUCACAUAUGUGAUAUCAUUUAUUUUUGGCAAGCGGAGAAAAAACAGUGGCUUUUGGUCAUUUUGCUUCUAUAUUAGCUCAAUCACCAUGCUAGAAAUCCUUCUGUUCAGAGACUUAUACUUACCCGGUACAGUCUGGGGUAUGAUAUUUAUUCCCCAAUUCGUUUUGGAUGGAUUUAUAGCUUUUGUGAUAGAGAGAAUCUUUGCUCAACAAGGAAAUGGAGACCAACAUUACAUUCUGAGUGGAACUGAUUUACUAAUAUGCCUAAUACCUUACUUUCAGGUUUUGCUAUUCAUUUUUGUUCUAAGACGACUUGAAAUAAAGUAUGGGCAGAAAACAAUGCGAAGGGAUCCUGUUUUCAGAAUUUCCCCCCAGAGAAGAGAGGCCCAACCAUAUGCAGAGGAACCUGACGAUGAAGAUGAAGAUGUUCAAGCAGAAAGAAGAAGGACAGCGGCCGCCCUGACCACUUCAGACUUAGAGGAGAAACCCGUCAUAAUCGCCAGCUGUCUGCACAAAAAAUAUGCAGGCCAGAAGAAAAACUGCUUUUCUAAGAGGAAGAAGAAAGUAGCAACAAGAAAUAUCUCCUUCUGUGUUAAAAAAGGUGAAAUAUUGGGGUUGCUAGGACCCAAUGGUGCUGGCAAAAGCUCGUCUGUUAGAAUGGUGUCUGGGGUCACGGACCCAACAGCUGGCAAGGUGGAACUGAGAGGAUAUAGUUCAGUUGGGAGGCAUCAAGGAGAUGGCACGGUCAAGUUCCUGGGGUACUGCCCUCAGGAUGAUGUGCUAUGGCCCAACCUGACCAUGAGGCAACACCUGGAGGUGUUCGCUGUGGUGAAAGGGCUCAGGAAGGUGGAUGCCGCAGUCGCCAUCACAAGAUUGGUGGGUACAUUCAAAAUGCACAAACUGCUGAAUGUCCCAGUGCAGAAGUUAACAGCAGGAGCCACUAGAAAGUUGGGUUUUGUGCUGAGCAUCCUAGGAAAUUCUCCUAUCCUGCUUCUGGAUGAACCAUGUACAGGCAUGGAUCCUACAGGACAGCAGCAAAUGUGGCAGAUGAUCCAGGCAGCCAUUAAGAACACAGAGAAGGGAGCCCUCCUGACCACUCAUUACCUGGCUGAGGCCGAGGCCAUUUGUGACCGCAUCGCCAUCAUGGUGUCCGGAAGGUUGAGAUGCAUUGGCUCCAUCCAAUACCUGAAAAGCAAACUUUGCAAGGAUUACAUUCUAGAACUAAAAGUGAAGGAAAUUUCUCAAGAGGCUUUGGUCCACACUGAGAUUCUGAAGCUUUUCCCACAGGCGGCUCGGCAGGAAAGGUAUCCCACCUUCUUGACCUAUAAACUGCCCAUGGUGAAUGUUCACCCUCUGUCUCAGGCCUUUCACAAAUUAGAAGCAGUGAAACAUAAUUUUAACCUGGAAGAAUACAGCCUGUCUCAGUGCACACUGGAAAAGGCAAUUUUAGAGCUUUUUGAGGAGCAGGGUGUGGGCGAUUGUGAUGAAGAGGUGGACACAACCAUGCGGUGGAAACUCCUCUCUCAUUCAGACAACCUGUAAAACUUGAAGCCGGGUCAUUCCUUGUUGAUGCCCUAUAAUCUUAUGUUUAUGUAAAAAUUUGCAAUUUGUAUAAUUUUAGAAGUUGUUAACAUUGAUAUUAGGUGUGUUUUGUAUGUUUGGUUAAUAAACAAAUACAUUUUAAAAUUAUUCUUCCUUUCAAACUUAGGGAUGGUAGAAAAUCUGUGAUAAAAGCCACAAAAAGUGUGAAUGAGGUUCUCUGAAGAGCCAGGCACUGGGUGUGAGGAAAUAAAACCACAAACUUGGAAUUUUGUGAAGCAUGACUCUUUUGAAAUAAUGAUGUUUACUACAACUCUUGUUGAAAUAUGUGAGGGAUGUAGUCAAUAGCCAGAGGUGCUGUGAUUGCUACACGCCAGAUUGUGAUAAUACCAAGUUUCUGAGUUUGUUUUUAAUACCCAAAUAUAACCCAAGAGCCUUUCUCUGAAACCUUUUCAGAAAAAAAAAACCUUUGUUUGGAAGUUCACAGAGUCAAGAGACCCUUAGCUCCUAAAUGAACAAGCCUCUGCAUUGGAAAAGCUGUUCAACUAUACUCUUUAAAAAUAAUGAGAAUCACAGCAGCAUUUAUUCAGAUUUAAAAACUUUUUGAAUAAUAUAUUAAAUUCUUAUGAUUUUGGGAGGGCUGAUUUCCUUCCUUACCUCAUCAGUAGUUUUCUGUUUAUUUACUGCUAUUUAAAAAUAACUUCAUCCUAUAUAAAUACAUGCACGUAUGUGUGUAUCCACACAUACAUAUCUUUUGUAUUACUCAAUUUUUAAGAAAAAUUUGUGUCAGCUUUACCUAUUUUUUUCCUUUAACAAUAGCAUAUUCAUUUUGAAUAUCACUAGAAAAAAUUUUGAAAAUGAAGCAGUAUUUCUGCUGCUUUUUCUGGUGAUAUGUUAUAUAACUUAAAGAAAUUGUUAUGCCCACUGAAGAAAAUUUGUAUAAUAGGGAAAAACAUAGAAAGUUGGAUAAGAGAAUCACUACAAUUUCUUCAUACCAAAAAAACCCAAUGAUUUUCUCUUUUCUUUAGUGCAUUCUUUAUAUGUUGGAAUCAUAAUAGUGCAUAUAAUUUCCUAAUUAGGGAUAUAUACAUAUUUGCUAAUAUAACAUUGAAAUUGUUUUAGUUUACUUUUUAAAUUAUAGUGGGAUUGAGCUUCAUAUGUUUGCAUUUUAUUUUGUAUUCAUUGUAUUUUUUUCAUUUUUGUGCUUUAAUCUUUUUCUUAUCUAUUUUAUAAGCUUUUAAUAUAAUUAAAUAUUUCAUCUGUAUAUUUCUACAUGUAUCAUAUUAUGUCUGGAACAUUAUAUUCCUAAAAUUAUGAUGAAUGAGCUUUAGUUUAUUGUUUAUUUAGGAGCCUUAAGUAUCCUAUAAAAGUAAAUUGAUAUUAUAGUGAGAGUUGAAUGUAUUUAAAUUUUUUCUAAACUCAAUCAAUAAAUUCACCUGUUUUGUUCAAAUGUAUAAGACCACAGUGUAUAUAACCAUUUCACAUGACAAUAUAAUGAAAUUUUUGCUUGGAUUCUUUAUAAAUUAUAAAUCUUAUCAACUGUUAUAGAAAUAAGUUUACAAAGUACUGGAUAACCAAUGCCAGAUAUAGUAUGAAUGUUUUAAAAUAUUAAACUGGGCAUAGUAUGCUAAAACUAUAAUAA